CCUGGAUAUCUUGAUGGCACCCGACCCCUCCACCCCGGAGUACCGGACAGCGUCGUGGGCUGCAUCACUCUUUGUCAGGUGCGACUAUGUGGCCUGUCUGAUGCGCGAGGGCUUCUUCUGGUUGGCUGACAACUUUGUGCUGGUGGAAGGUUUCCUCGACCUCACGGUGAAUUCGCGGUGGUUAGCCUUGGGUUUCCGUUGGGCACGCGUCUGGGUCCUUGUCGACAAGUCUCAUGGCGAAAAUCCACGCUGAAUCGGCUAUCUCGAGGUCGCUACGAGGUCUUUUGAUGCCGUCACCAGUUUCUGGCUACAGGCCCUAUCGAGGGAACAUGUCUCAAUCGCGUAUACCAGGAACGCGCGUGAUCGGUGCGUCUAUUGAUUGGUAUACGCGAAGCAUGCCUGGACAGUUCUUCACCUCCGUUUAUGACGACGCGGCCCUGCAGGGCUGGUGGCCAUGGCCAAAGGAAGGGGCUAGCUCUGUGGCUGAUCCCUAUACAGGGAAGCAUUGUUGGGAUGACGACCUGUAUAGGUCUUACCCGUCAAUUCCCGCUGGUUCAAAGCCUCGUCAUGCGGCCAGCGUUAGCCGUCACCAUCAACAACACCCAAAGGCUGCGCCAUCAUGUAGAUGGGGGUGGGGGAAAUGACUGCAGAGGUUGAUACCAUUGAAAGUUCCUGAGCCCUAGUGGCUGUCCUACCUUAGAUACCUACUUCUGUUCGGCUUUGUAUACGGAGUUCCAAGACAUUAAACC